UAGUUGUGAAGGCUACCGCUUAACAUUUCUAAGACAAAAACCAUGCCUGAGCCAUCUAAAUCUGCUCCGGCUCCUAAGAAAGGUUCUAAGAAAGCCAUCACUAAGGCGCAGAAGAAAGAUGGCAAAAAACGCAAGCGCAGUCGUAAAGAGAGCUACUCUAUUUAUGUGUACAAAGUUCUGAAGCAGGUCCAUCCAGAUACUGGCAUCUCAUCUAAAGCCAUGGGUAUCAUGAAUUCCUUCGUGAACGACAUUUUUGAGCGCAUCGCGGGCGAGGCGUCACGCCUGGCGCAUUACAACAAGCGCUCGACCAUCACAUCCAGGGAAAUCCAGACGGCCGUGCGCCUGUUGCUACCCGGGGAGCUGGCCAAGCAUGCUGUCUCUGAGGGUACGAAGGCCGUUACCAAAUACACCAGCUCCAAAUGA